AUGGAUUCUCGAAAGCCCAGCCUGGACCUGGAAACGGAGUUGACGUGCUCGAUAUGUACUGAGCUCCUCUACCAGCCGCUCACGCUGCUCGACUGCCUCCACACCUUUUGCGGCGCGUGCCUCAAGGAGUGGUUCAGCUUCCAAGCCGCCACCGCCGAGAGAUCCCCGACGCCUCUCGCGACCGGAGCCGCCGUAUUUACCUGCCCGUCAUGCCGAAGUGCCGUGCGAGACACGAGGCGCAAUGCCACCGUCGUCACCCUGCUCGACAUGUUCCUUGCCGCCCAUCCGGCAAAGGCGCGCUCGGCGGCCGACAAGGAAGAGAUGGGCGCAAAGUACCAGCCGGGCGACCAAGUCCUUCCCAAGGUCAACUUGCGUGAGCCGACGGCGGGGGAAAGGCGCGCAGAAGAGGAGGAUCGGCGGCUGCUGGACGGGCCGCCACCGAGGUCGCGGAGGCGCACGCAGAGCCGUUCUGCCGACGACCGCGCUCGGAACAGCAGGAAUCAAAGCUCCGACGGUCACUCGAGACGCAGGAGAGAAGGUAGCCGUCGCCCAGAACGAAGGCAAAGAGAGUGGGGCGAGGCCUGGCCGCGUCAGGUUGAACAUCAAUCAUCCCUGAGGUCUCUGAUUGGAUCGGCGAACAUGGGCGAGCGGGACAUUGAAAGGGAGAUUGAGGAGCUGGCUCGCCAGAUUCAGGAAGAGGGGCUCCUCGACGGCCUAGACUUGGACAACAUCGACCUGAGCCGAGACGACGAGCUGAGUCGCCGCGUCACCGAGGCUUAUCGUCGGCGGCAGAGAGAGCGGUCACGGCAAGAGACGGCAAGACGCAGCAACAACGGCGCGGCCAGACCGACCGACUUGCCCUUGACCGACUCCAGACGGCGGGCGCCGGACAGCAGCCGGCCCCGUACCGGAUCAAGGCCACCAAGCGGGAAUGGCCACUCCGAAGACCGCAGCAGGCCGCCACCAGCCAACCACUCGAAUCUCGAGGUGCGCGAUCCCGGGCGACGCACGAGACGGCGGACGGCUAGCGGCGGCCGCAGCGCUACAGCGCCGCUCUUCUCCCCUGGCCUUGAAGCCCGGCCGGCGGCUCGUUCCCAGACGGACCUGAUUUUCGGUGAGCGACGCAGCUCCAGCACGCCUUCGGUGCCGGCCCCCUUGCUGCCUCCCGGCGAGCUGCCCUUGAGCGCGAAUAACAACGCGUCGUUUGCCGACCGGGCGCCGCAAUGGAACCCGGCGGUGGGGGAGGCUCCGGCGAACAGUCACCGCGAGCCGGCAUCGACACCACCAUCUAGGGCGCAUCGGCCGUCGGAACUGGCCAUUGUGCACUCAGCAGUGUCGAGCCCCAUUAGCAGCCCUACCACAGGCCACCCGCGCGCGAGACCGCAGCUGUACCCCGAGCCAUCCAUCACUUGCUCGCGGUGCAGCAAAACGCACAUCGAGUACGAGCUGCAUUACAACUGCGUGACGUGCGCCGGCGGGCAGUGGAACAUCUGCCUCGACUGCUAUCGGGCGGGCAAGGGGUGUCUCUACUGGUUCGGGUUCGGCUACGGCGCAUGGAACAAGUGGGAAAAGGCACAGCAGCAGGACGAGUCAUUGGCCAGGCCCCAUAUGCUGACGGCCAGCCGCUACCUCCCGCCGCCGUCAACGCCAGGUGGUGCCGACGGAAGAAAGACGCUGACGGCAAACGACCCGAAGACGAGGCUGGAGACUGGCACCUUUUGUGCGAGGUGCUUUGCCUGGACCAACUUUUGCUUCUGGCGCUGCGACGUGUGCAACGAGGGAGACUGGGGGUACUGCAACAACUGCGUCAACCAGGGCAAGUCAUGCACCCACAUGCUCCUCCCCCUGUCCCACGAGCCCCCGCCGCCGGCCCCUGGUCGCCCGCGCGGCCCGCGAUCGCCGGGCCGGCCGGCGACGGCGACCAUCUUUAGCGGACCGCAGGCAUCCAGCAUGGGGCCCUUUAAGCCGCUCACCUUUAGGACAAGGUGUGACGUCUGCCAGGACUCCAUUGCGCCCUCGCAAGUGCGCUACCACUGCUUCAGCUGCACGAGUGUGCUGGUUCCAGACGCGCCGCCGGGAGACUACGACAUUUGCGCGUCGUGCUACGGCAACCUCGUCGCCCAGGGGCAAAUCAGCGCGGAAAACGGGCAUUCCGGGUGGCGGAGGUGUCUCGGCGGGCACAGGAUGGUAGUCAUUGGCUUCGUCGACGGCAAGGUUGGGCAGUGGAGGUACGUCGAGCGCGACCUCGUGGGUGGACGAGCCUUGCGCUCCGAGCUCCUGGAAGAGACGGAGAGCCGGGGCCACCAAGGCGGUCUCCAGGCAUGGUCGUGGCGCCGGGGCGACGAGACGUGGCGGCGGCUGGUGACGACGGACGUGUCGGCAACGGCGCCGCCGCCGACGCCCGGAUCGGGCCCGGGCGGCUUCACGCAGGGCUUCCCGCCGGACGGAGGGUCGGGGAUGCGGGCGCACGGGCGCUGGCCGUGGUAUCCGCAGGCGGCGGCUGACGACGAGCUGCUCUUCCCACGGGGCGCCGAGGUGCGGGAGAUUGAGGACGUCAACGGCGAGUGGUUCUUUGGCACGUACAUGGGGGCCAAGGGGCUGUUUCCCUCGGGGUAUUGGCUAAAGGACGCCAUCGAGGACGGGGUCAACAAGGUCUACUUCAUUGUCGGCUACUACACUGUUCUCGAUGCCACGAUGGUCCAGGGGCUCAAGCAGAGUUCCAAAUCCAACGUCAAGGGCGAGGUCCCAGUGGCGGGCAUGGUGACUCACGGGGCGACGGCGCUCAUCCCCGAGGUGCUGAACCUAGACGUGGGCGGUUCUAUAAAGCGCGAGAGUAGUCACGCCGAGGCAGACGCUUCGUACAUGGAGGGCGAACGGGUGUACGCCUUCUGCUAUCGCCAGAUCAAUUUCAGCAUUUUCACUCUUGGAAACAAAGCGGCCUCGGCAAGGCUCCAGCACGACAAUUGCUGGGCUCUCACGGCAGAUAACAGGGGCCAGGAUGACGGGGAAGACGACGAGGGUGUUCAGGUUGAUCUAGCCGAGAAUGACGAGGCCGGAGAGGCUGGCGAGGAUAGGUUCAAGAUUCUAGGCGCUGGCGCCAAGUCUGACGACGAAGAAUGA